AUGGCUGCUUCCCCUUCGGUUCUCUCCCAGACCCUCCAGUCGAUUACCACCACGAAGAUCGAAGAACUCGAGAAGCAACGCCAAAAGUACGAAGAAACCAAGCGUAAAAUACUUGACUUGACCAGCGAUGCAGGCGACAGCAUCCAGAAGCGUAUUUCCCGCCUACAUGCUGGCGUGAAGGAACUUCAACUUCUACCUGAGGCGGAGCUGGAAAAUAUGGACCGCUGGCUUCAUCAAUCUCAGUACGAUCCAACGAUCCCAGAGUCCAUGCUGGUUAACUUUGAGUCUGAUCUUCGCUCUCGGUUGGAUCGCCAGACUCGUAAACUGGAUCUGGCCGAUUUAUAUUCCCGCUUGCUUAUCGAAUGGAUUAACUCCCCCACUUCAAGUGACGGGAACGCUGAGAGGCUCGACAGCUCUAUGGUCGACGAGGACUUUGAUGUCGUUCAAGAUAUCCAGAAGGAAAAAUUGCAGCAAUUACGAGAGAAGUUCGAAAAGGUGGUGUUUGAACCUCUGAUGACCGAUAGCGAGGAUAUUACCCGGUAUUUAGAGACUCUCUUUUCAGGAGAUGAAGGACAGGACGCUCUGAAAUUGUUGCGGGAAGCUGUCAAAAAUCAUGGUAAACUUCUCUUUUCCGAGAAACAACCUGUGGAGAGGAAAAGCCUUAAGCAAUGCAUCCAGUCAUUGCUGAAAAAUGACCUUCUCAAUGACCAGAAGCUCGCAACUCUGGGUGAAUUUCUACACGAUGAUACUGUGCUCGAUGAAAUUGCGAACGUGCUAAAUAUGAGAUACGCGAAUCUGGGCAACUGGUCCUGGAAUGUAGGAGGCAAAGGAAUGCCGGUCCUGCCUCGGCAAAGUUUGAACGGAAAGUGGCGUGUAAUGAUGGAUGAAGACGUGCUCCAGGCCCUGCUCACCCACUACAUUGGGAACAAAUGGUGUGUCUUCCUGAAGAAAUCUUUGCACCGCGUCAUCGAGCGGAUAGCAUUUUGGGCCAAAGACUGUGGAAUACCAGAGGAAGAUCAGGCAUUGCGGAGAUAUUAUCUCAACGAGGGCGCGCAUCGUUGGACAGUCAAGAAGGGCACCGAAAAAGAGAGACACGAUGUAUACAAGGAUCACUUUUUCUUAGCACCUAUGCCUGGCCGCGAGUUCCAAGACGCUGUCGGCUACGAUGAUGACGGUGAUAGUGACGACGAUGAUUAUGAUGAGAGUACCAUCAAUUUGAAUGGUGAUAAUAAUUUGUCACCAAAGGAGGUCAAACAACUUCUUUUAAGGACUCUGGCGACUGAAGUUCUUAUGGGACGCGCCUUUGACGGAGAAGUCGCCGUCGUCCAAAGCGAUUUCCUAUGGUUUGCUACCAGCGUAUCCCAUAAUACGAUAUUCGCCGUUUUACGAUUUGUUGGAUUUGAAGAAGAAUGGAUCAAUUUUUUUAAAAAUUUCUUAGAACCGCCUUUGGACAUGUUGACCGGUGACCAAAUUAGGAUCCGCAAACGCGGUCUUCCGAUGGCUCACAUCUUCGAAAAGGUUUUUGGUGAAUUGAUCUUGUUUUUCAUGGAUGUUGCAGUCAGUCAGCAGGCAAACAUUCUACUAUAUCGAUUUCACGACGAUUUAUGGCUCUGCGGAAAGCCUGAUAGCUGCGCCAAAGCAUGGCUGACCAUGGAAAAUUUCGCCAAAAUAAUGGGGCUCGAGUUUAAUAAAAGUAAAACUGGUUCAGUUUACUUGGUGGAAGAAGGUCGGACGAAGAAGCCCGAAGUGGUCAAGGUUCUACCCGAAGGACCAGUCGCUAUCAACUUUUUAGUCCUUGACCCCAUCACUGGAGAGUGGACUAUCAAUAGAUCCCACGUUGAGGAGCAUGUUGCUCAGCUGUCGAAACAGUUAAACGGGGCAAAAAGCGUAUUGCAGUGGGUUAAAACCUGGAACAGCUGCAUUGGCCGCUUUUUCAGCUAUACAUUUGGCGAACCAUCAAAUUGCUUCGGGCGUAAGCACCUUGAUGCCAUUUUCCAAACCCACCAAGAUAUUCAGAGUUUUCUUUUCAAUGACCAGAAUGGCAAUGGCAACAGUGUAGUCGAGCACCUCAAGCAGAUGAUCACCUCCCGAUUCAACGUUUCUGAUAUCCCUGACGCUUUCCUAUACAUGCCUGAAGCCCUGGGUGGCCUGGGGCUCCACAAUCCCUUUGUCCCUCUCUCUCUCGUCAGCCCUCACGUCUGUGAGGACCCAAAGUUGCUUAUCCACGCCUUUCUUGAAUCUGAAAGAGAAGCGUACAACAAAGCCAAGCGGGAAUUUGAGAAUCUUACUGAAUCAGAGCGCCGGAAACGCUUCAAGAAUGCCUUCCCUAGGGAUGAAGACACGGGAACUCGUCAUUACGCACCCGCUACCGAGGGACAAAAUGAGUUCUUCUCCUUUGAGAAAUAUACCCAAUGGCGCGAGUAUACCAGUGACGCCUUGAACACGCUAUAUUGUCGGUUGAAUACUGUGGCUUUCAAAAAGACUAUAAACUUUUCCCAUGCCGUGCGGCAGGAGCUGAAUAAGCUCUCCGGCCCGCCGGCGAAUCUGAAGGAGUUAUGCCAGGGGAACAUCGAUGCGGAGAUGGGGUGGCUAAUCCAGUUCUAUUCGAGUGAGUUGGAGGAGAAAUGCGGCGGCCUGAGCAUUGUGGAUCGGUCAUUCUUGCCGCUCGGGGUGCUGAAGGCGAUGAGAAAGAAGAAAGUUGCAUGGCAGAUGGCCUUGUGAGGUUUUGUCGUCGUGGUACCUCGACGAAUAAGGCCGUUAGAUUGGUGAAGUGUUUCAUACAUUACAGCUUGGAUGAAGGAUGAAUUUUAAUUCAUCAAUGUCAUGAAAUCCUAGGUGAUACAGCAGAGAAAUCAAUCGACUCUACCAAACCUCC